AUGUCCGAGGGGGACGUGUCGUUAAUACACGACGAGGACGUGUUACGGCGUAUGUGGCAACAGACGGAAGACUUUUCACGCAAGAAAGAAAUCCGUGCACACAUGUACAAGCUACGGGAGGAGCGCCUGCGCAAUCUUUACUCACCGGAGCCACAAGCUCGCUCCGAUAAUAAAGGUUGUGAGUUCACGGCACCGCAGGGGCAUGUGAAAUCCUUCGCGGACCAGACCUUCCAGUCCAUGAAGAGUAAGGAGGUGCGCGACGCGGGCUCCCCGCCCAAGGAGUUCACGUACCACGGCCAAGAUCUCAAGGCGCUCUCUAAUGCCGGAUGGAACGUAGAAUCUGAGCAGAAGACCACUGACGAUGGACACACUCACGUUAAAUCUGUUAACGCCAAUAUCGAGGGAAAGUACGACGUGGAAGGCGGGAAAGGACAGUUCGCUGCCGUCGACCAACAUAAGCAUGCCGUUACUGAGUACCACGAUGAUAACACCAGCCUAAAGAGGAACGAAAGUUCGUCAAAUACGGCUGCACGCGAGCACGUCGUGCGGCAGACAGAUGAUGGCACUCAGAUCUCGUCGGUGACGAGCUCCUCUACUGCCACGUCCAAAUAUCAACAAACGUCGUCCACAAAACAAGAAUCAGUGCCAUAUUUGACUAAUGAUGACUAUGACCAAUUUCGACAAACUUCAUACGACACUAACCGUAACGAAAACUUGACUACUACAAAACAAGUUACACAGAAUGACGAUUAUGAGCACAGUUUAAGAAAAAGUGAUCGUGUAACUGGGGAAUUAGAAUCGAGGAAAGUAGAAUAUCCUGAUGAGAAUACGAAAAUUGUGGUAGAAACAAGAUGCUUACCAGAUGGUACUAGAGUGACAAGCACUCGCCGCGAAUUUAGAGGACCGGCAGUACAGAGUACUCGUUCAGAACAACGCUCACAGCAAACUAGGAGUGAAAACAGAUCUACUUACUCCACUUCAUCGCAACAAAACACCGAUUACAAGGAAUCUACGUCUAAAAUUAUUAAUGACAACUUUGACAGUCGUGUUGCCGAUAUCGUCGAUUCCCAAAAACAGGUUGAUGAUUAUGAUUUCAAAAAUAAUCAUCAAACUGAUAUUUUACGUAAUGACAAAGUACAUAGUCAUAAUGUUACAAAAUCAACUGCAACGCAUACUGAGCACCAUGAACACCAUGAACCUAAAAAUCGUGAGCGUACAUCCCCUGUACCUGUUACAUCACAGAACAAACAAAAUAUCCAAUAUAUUAAUAAAGAUGUGGAAGAAAAAGUUCGUGACAUAUCCACAGAAAGGCGAGUUGAAGAAACAACUCAGAAAAAAAGCGAUGAGUACCAAACAACGUACCAGGCUGAAUUCACGCAAAAAAAUAAAGUGAGUAAUGACUGGAGUCCAACUCAUCAAGCUUGGGCUAGUACUCUUCGAGCUGACACCCCUACUUCCACUCGUCCAUCAACUAGAGCUUCAUCACCCGGUGGUCGCAACUUUCAAUCAAGCACUUCUUCUUUAAGAAGUAGCGUAAGUCCUGAUAAAAAUUAUAGAAAACCUUCCAGUCGUGGUGGAAGUCCAAACAAAUUUGAUCGAUAUUCACCGACACGUAAUACGUCUGAUAAAUAUUCUAGUACUCACUCUACUUACCAUGUUACUGAUGCUAAGACGACUAGAUAUUCUAGCCCUGAAGAACGUCCACUAGAAAGUAAUUUAUCUUCAAGUCCUAAUCAAAAACUUCAUGAUAAUGGCCGUCAAAGGCCAAGUGUUAGUCCCGAUAAAUAUCCCCGUAGUAGCAGACCAAGUGAGAGUCCUGAUCGAAAACAUACAUAUAGAACUAGUCCUGUUAAGGAAGUAUCUAAAGUGAGUCCUUCUUCAGAACAGGAAGUUAUAUAUAGAUAUAGCGCAAGUCCUGAGAGAAAACUGGCUAGUAAUACAAGAAGUAAUAUCACAACGAAAAAAAGUACUUAUACCAGCCCAGAAAGAAAGCCAAAUGAUAAUUCUCCAAAGGCAAGCUCUCCUACAAGGACCUUAACUAGAGAUGAAAUCCCAUUAAGAUCUAGUCAAAGCCCUGAUAAAAAAUCUAGCCAUCAACCAUCUCUGAAAGAUAAACCACACAAUGAUUCUAAAAAUAAAACACCAAUUGAAAAUUAUUCCAGGGCAACGUCACCAAAACGACCUUUAAAACAACAUGAAAGUUCUGUGCGACCAAGUUUGAGUCCUGACAAAAAUCAAACUGAAUAUCCCAAGGAGAGUUCAUCACCAAGAACACAAAAACCUCCCGCAGGUGAAAAACAUAUAGAGAAAUCUCCAACCAGAUCUCAGCCUUCAAAACCAAGCCCAAGUCCUGAAAGAAAACUCACCUCUCAGAGUCCUGAUCGCAAAUCUACCGGAAUAAGAAUGAUCAGUAAAAUUAAAGAUGAUCAUUAUAAGUUUGUCGAUGAAGAAACGAAAGUAUAUGAUUAUACGAAAAGUGAUACGAGAGAUGUAAUGAAAGACACUUUCUCAACUCCGAAAUACCCUGGUGUUCAUCAAAAAAGUCCGUCUCCAUCCAAGAAAUUACCUCAAGAUGUAACUGACUUCUGUCAUCCUGAUUCACCUCCUCGCUCAACACUUCGGAAACAAUCUAGAUCGCCAUCUCCUUCUAAAGGUUCAGUUUCGUUCAAACAACAUUUAGACCAUGUUGAGAAUACCGAAAAAACUUCGUCUAUAACUAGUGUUUCUACAAAUUAUAAUGAGAACUCCACUAUAACAAAACAUGAAGUAACAAAGAAUAGUGGUGCGCCAACGCCAGUAAAUGAUUUUCCUAAAGAAAUGUCUCCAUCCAAAUUUGGAACGUACGAUAAAAAACAACGUCAUUCUCAAGACUAUCAAGAUACAGAAAGUAUAACAACUAACAAUACAAAAUAUGAUUCUUUAACACGUCGGAAUAAAUCAAAUUCACCUACUAAAGUAUAUGAUUCUCCUGUUUCUCCUAAAAAAUCACCAAGAGGAAGUAUUUCUCCAGUUAAAUCUGUGAAUAAAGACAGCCAAUACAAUCAGACAAAUGAUUUUAUAUCCACAGAAAAAAUCAGAGAAGAAAGUACUAGGACUAAUAAAAGUCAUGCAAGACAGUUGGUCACACCAUCCACUAGUCCUACUAGAAAGCCUAAACCCUCUGAACAAGAACCUUCCACUGGCCAAAGUUCACCUACAACAUCAGUUAGUGGAUUUGUUUACUUUAGCAGUCCCCAAAUCGAUACUGUUGUAACCGAUAUAGAUGACAAAGAAUUCUGCUCUAAAGCAGAUAAUAUUGACGAGAGUACUAUAUCAAAAAGACCAGAAAGUCUACACAUAAAUAAUAAACGUUCUCCAUCACCAUCUAAAAUACCAUGUAGAUCUCCAACGCAAGACAAGCAUUCUUCAUCUAGAGAUACGCUUCCUAGAAAAAGUUCACUAAAAAAGCCUGUAACAAAUGAUAAUUUAAUAUCUCCAAUAGAGAAGCCACCAUCCAGUUUCCAGAUAUCUCCAACAGUUGAAGCACAGAACUUACCUGAACACAAAACUGUUAAAAAAGAACAUCCAGGAAAGCCUGACUCUGAGUCACCAGCAAAGUCAAAACCUCCAUUGAAAAGGCGAGAAACUUAUGAUGAACGAUGUAGAAAGAUUCUUGGCAUGCUUGAUGAUCAAACAACAUCAACCACGACUAUCGUAAAAGAGACGAUACAAACACCAGUAUCUAACAAGAAUACACCCAGCAUGUCACCUUGCGGUAGUCCAAAACAGCAAUCUCCCUAUAGAGAUGUUGAAGAGGAUACUAAUAUCAAAACGAAGAAUUUCAUAACUCAGGAACAAGAAAAUAUUCUGAAGACUCGUCAUAAUGAUAUUAUACCGGGAAAGAAAUCUAAAAUUCCCUCAAGGGAGAAUUCCCCUACUAAGGUUCACGAUGACAUUAUUCGUACUCGUACUACGACUACACAAGAUGAUAAAUCAACUUCUGAGGAUUUUUAUGAAAAUAUUACAACAGUAAAUAAAAAUUCAUCAUCAAAACACAAUAUUGAACAUACUACUAAUAAUAUUAAUAUCGAGAAAAAGCAAGUAGAAAGCAAUCCUAAGAAUGAACUUUCAUCAAGACCAGAGCGUUCUCCAGAGCGUCCUCGAUCAGGUUCUCCUUCGAAAACUUUAAAACACAAUGAAAUAAAACCUACAUCUAGGUCGGAUCGUGAUCAGCCACUGACUACAAAUAUAAUUCCUGAGAGUGCUCAUUUAAUAGAAGAUUCUGCUCCUGUUCAUCCUAAAUCUACAAUUAUAUCUAAGACUGACAAAUAUGACACCACACAUCUGGCACUAGAAGAAGAAAAUAUUUCAAAUAAAAUUACUAUAAAGAAACAUUCAUCUACACAAGACACUGCUCAUAAUAUAUCUACCAAGCAAUCUCAAGAACCUAAACAUUCUCGGACUCCUUCUCCGAACAAAACAAAUUAUAUUAAUAAUAAUGAAAAUAAUACAAGUUUCAUAACAUCGGAGAGAGAACAAGAAAUAUUGAACAGAGUCCAACAAUCUCUUAGAAAAUUGUCACCAAAACGCAAUGAAAGAUCACCGAGUCGAGAAAACAGUCCAACUAAAACGACUACUAGUUUACAAGAUUUAGACAUAAUGUCCACUCAGAAGACAAAUACUGAAGACAUUAAUAAAGAGAAAAUUAGUAGUGAUUUGACUGUAACAGUAAAAUCGACUGUAAACAACGAUAAACCGAAAGAACAAAGAUUAUCCAAUAAACCUUCAAGAAAUAUAUCUCCAGUAAAGAAAGCUACAAACAUAGCAUCUCCAGCUAAAGUAGGCAAGUCUUCCGAUUCUCCGACGAAAUCUAGAAGCAUAUCGCCCAAAAAAUCAGUUAGCGUUGAAAGACCUCAAUCGCCACAAUUAUCUAAAAUAAGUGGCAUCAAACCAAAGGAGACUACUCCUUCUCAGUUGGCUCGAAAACCUGGAUCAUUAUCACCAACAAAAAUAGAGAAAACAUCUAGUACUGAUAAUAAAAAAAUUAUAAAGCAAAAUAGCUUCACAAAAGCUACCUGUAAAACAACAACAAAUAAAGUUGUUCAUUUGCCAACUAAUAAAUCUGUUGAACCUGAUAUCAAACGUACACCUGUAACCAAAGGAAAUAAGGAAAAUACUAGUCCUAAGGCAGAUAUUAAUAAUGUAGUAACAAGAAGUUCAAGUGAUGUUGCCUUAAAAUAUAAGAAGCCUUCACCACAAAGAAUAAAAUCUAAACCAGAAAUACAAGUAAAUGAUAUAUCAACCACCAAAACGAAACAAAUAAAUUCAAAUGUUAAUAAAACUCAAAAAUUGUCGACUAAGGAAGCUCAUACAAAAUUACCAAAUAAACCUAAAUCUGCUACAGCGUUGAAUACACCUAUGGAUGAUGAUGACUUUAUUAUUGAUGUUCAACAAGCUAAAUCAUCUAGAGAAAAUUCUCCAGACAGGAUUUGUCCCACUCCGGUCGGUUUCAGUGAAGACAUUGGAACACCGAGAUUUCCUGAUGAAGUAAGUGAACCAGAUGAUGAUUUUCGUAAAAGAACUCACCACGUAAUUCAUGAAACGGAAUCUAUUGUAGAUGAUAUUGUCGAAAUAUCUGAAGACGAUGAACUCUUCGUUAAGAGGUUAAAUGCUGAUAACACUAUAGAAACUGACGAAUGUCUUUUAAGCGUUAAUGAUAAAGUUUCUAAAUUCACAAACAAAAUCGAAAAUAUAACUAAGCCUAAACAGUCAACUAUGCAAUUCAAAGAAACGGAAUGCAGAGUCCAUUCAGAUUAUACAUCUGAAAAAGUUGGCUCUGAUGAAUGUUUACUUUCUGUUUCCGAAAAAGUCAAUAAAUUUGCUAAAGGUCCACGAGGUAUACAAGAUAAUAGAAGUCCAACGCGUAGGAUCGUUGACGAAUAUGACACAAAUACAAUUUACCAGGAUGAUUACACCAAACUUAGUGUCAAUGAUAAAGCUCAUUUGUUUAUAGAAACAGCUGAAAAUUCUAAAACCUCCAAAAUUAAACCAGCACUAAAAAUCGAACGUCCAGAUAUAAGUGACGUUGACGAAUCCUUAAAACGUGAUGAUUGUUUACUUAGUGUGUCUGAUAAAGUAAACAAAUUUGUGAAAACUGCUGAGCAAUUUUUAAAUGAAGCAAUUGAAGUUGACGAAAAAGAGAUAAAAAUAAAAGAAAAACAUGAUAAAAUCAUGAAAAAAAUUACUGAUGAAGCAUCUGAGUCAAGUAAUGUUAUUGUUACUGAAGAUAUCGAUAGGGCUAAUGAAGUUAUUAGAAAACAGGAUCAGCAUAUAAAUAAAUUAGGCUCAUUUACAAAAGAAACUAUGUCUUCUCAAGCAAAAUCAAAAGAUCAUAUUAGCAGUCACCUAAAACCGACUGAAGGAACGCCUCCUGUUAAAAUAACAACUCGCAGCAAUGUAGCUGUAAAACAAGCAAAGGCUUUAUUUGAAAACAUAGCAUCAACAAAUCAAAAAAAUGCCGAUAUUAAAAAUACAACAACAAAAUUGACUGACAUUGGUGUAAUGAAAAAAUCUCCAAAAACUGAUUCGACAGUAGUUCUUCAUCCUUCUUUGGACGACUCUCCUAAUAUCACUGACAUUGAUAGUGAAAUAGAUGGCGUACCACAUUUACAGCCGGAGCCAAAAAAGCAGACUAUCACUGCACCAUCACCACAAUUUUCAAAUAAAGAUCACGGACGCUUAGCCCAAUCGCCUGAAGUACCAAGAAACAAAUCUCCAAUUAGACAAACAAUUCAAUCAACUAAAACAGUAUUUUCAAAAUAUCCAGUCACGGAUGGAGUUGAAUCUCAAAAACAUGUACAAUCCGAAAACGACAAAAAUGAGAAAUUGCAAGAUAAAGUGCCUGGUUAUCUAAGACCCACUAAAACUAGUCAGUAUAAGGAAGAAGUUAAAAUAACUGAGGAAUCUGAAGUUAGUAGUCGACGUGGUAGUGGGAAGUUUGGGGUCGAGCUUAGGCGUACUAGUGUGGAACGAUCUAGUGCAAGUAGUGAACGACGUCGCAGUGUUGACCACCAUCAGCCAUGCAUUGAAGAUAUUUUUGAUUUGGACCUCCUUGAACAAAUGUUGGAAAAGGUCGUGGGUUACGAGCAGCGGCGACGCAUUAGAGCACAAAUUCGAGUAGCAAGGAAAAAACAUGAAAUUGAUACGAACAUGAAUACAACUAAGCGGACAACUAUAAGUACCCCAAAAAACAAAUCUCCUGAACGUCAAACGACAACGCAUGAUAAACCAAAAUAUAUACUCCAUAAAACACUAUCGCCUGAUCGCCACACAAAAAUAGAAACAGUUACAGAAAAUCAUAAACAAUCUAAGGAAUCUCAUCUCAGGGUUGUAAAUGACUAUUCUAAAGAGCAAGUUAAAGAAAACUAUGAGAAACGUUCACGACCCUCAAGCCCGGAAAAAAUUGCAAAUAAAUCCAUUUCUAAGGCAAAAAGUCCUGUGCGUCAUCCAAGUCCAGAAAAGAAAACUAGACCACUAUCUCCAAGUAAAGCGGCUACACCUAAAUCCAAGCAAAAUCGCUUUAAUGAAUACGCGUCAGCUUACAUGAAGAAAGUUGGCUUAAAAGACUCUGAUAAAAUAAAGAUUACAGAUGUUAAUACGAAAAAAUCCACUGAAAUCCGUGACCAUAAAACGAUAAAACAUGAAGAACAUUUGACUCAAUCAAAAGCAACUAAAGAGACGACUACGACAGUAUCUCGCAAUAUAACUGAAAGAACAAGUUCCAAAGAUUCUAUAGAAAUUGUACAUGUCAAUGGGAAGCGGGCUACUUCGCCAGAGAAAAAAUCUAGUCCGGAACGAAUAAUCGAAAUACAAGUUGAGAAAGAACCUCGUCGCUCUUUGAGUCCUAUUCUAAAGAGACAGAGGUCAGACAUAAAAAAGAAAGAGUCAUCAGUAAAACAAUUAUCAGAUUUGGGAAAGAAAAUUCAAUCAACAACUCACGAGGACAAACCUUCGUGGGUAACAAAUAGGAAUUUAAAGAAGGUCACUGAAACGCGAACGUACAGCACAAAGAAACUGGAACCUGAAAAGCCGAAGUACCGAGCACCGAGUCCUUCCAAAGUCAUCUCGAAGCCCACAGAUGUCAUCACAUCGAGCUACGGUCCAGGACCACUAGAUGCCAAUGGGAAACCACUAUUCGGGAUCAAAGCGUUGAGAAACGGAGCCUCUAAUUACCAAGUGAAAGGCACGGUGAUCCGACAAGAGUUUCAUUCGCGGAACGGCGGCGAGCCAGAAGGCACGGUGUCAGUGACAGCGUAUUCCAACGAGCCUGAGGAACUGGAGCGGCUGCUGCAGGUGCAGGGCGAGCGACCUUCGAGGAUGCACGGGCUUGCGGCCAUCACGACCACCAAGAAAUUCGGAGGCCACACCGGCACCACGAUGCGGGAAGCUCACACUAAAGAAGAACGAGCAGCUUUGGAACAGUUCACUCAUUCUGAUCGUCGUGUAACCAACCGGGUUGACAAUGCAAGCAGAAGCUUUGACAAACACGACGACGCCUUAACAGAGUCCAGGAAAGUGGACAAACGGGGACAGAGAACUGAGGAGAGGAGGGAGAAAUCUGAAGAUAGACGGCAGAGAACUGAAGAGAAGCAGGAAAGAACUCAUGAUAGAAAAGAGAGGAUAGAGAAGAGGGAAGACAGGAAGACAGUGCGGCAGAGCUCAGUUAAAUCUCUUACUGAGAAGUUUAUAAAAAACGCAAAUGAGACCUCGAAGACUGAGCGGAUCUCGUACCCUAAAGCAGGUUUGAUACUGCGCACCGCCAACAUGAAGGACAACUUGUCCAGCGACUCCUCGGUGCACGCAGGUCUAGCGCGUACGGACAGCGACCACAGCCUGGCCUCCGUUGAAGACGUAGUGACCACCAGCACUACAGAGCGUGGCGACGGCCGGACGGUGACCACCACCACCACAACCCGCCGCUCGCAGCACCACGCGGCGGCACACGAGAAGAGCUUCCUUGACAGCACCACCAAGGUGACGGGCGUGCAAGACAUACUCACCAGGAUGAAGAACGCUGACAUUGUAAUCCAAGAUGGCGACAGUGUGGAGGACAGCGAAGCACGCGCGCUGCUCAACAAGUUCCUCGGCGCCACCGUGCUCAUGGCCGGCAUGCAGAACUACGUCACAGAGAAACCCGGGGGAAAACUCACUGUCAAACAGGAGACAGUCUGCAGCGGCGGUGGUAAGGUGACCAGUGAGCGCAGCGUGCAGCACAUCGACCUAGACCAGUGCUGGGACGAGCGCGUGCUCCGGAAACUUUUGGACGAGUGCAGUGAUUACGAGCAGCGUCGUCGUCUGCGCGCGCGUCUCCGCACACUGAUGGCUGAGCAAGAAGCAUGCGCGAGCGCCGUAACGGAGGCGUUGGCGGCGGCCGGCGAGGAGGGCGACAGCGCGGAGAGCAGCUCGGCACGCGAGGAAGAAAAAGUAACCACUGUGACAUCGAGCGUGAGGAGGAACUCAUCCGAGAAAACCGUUAGCAGUAGCACCACCACUAAAACAUCCAAAGUGCUGGAGAACGUGAGCCGGCCGGCGCCCAAGGUGUCCCCCUUUGCCAAAUUCCGCCAGCUCGAGAAACAAAAUUCAGUUAACAGUCCCAGCUCGCCCAAGACGCCGCAGAGCCCGGGCUCUCCGUCGCAGCCUUACUUCAAGUUCACGGACCCCACGGUGGCCUGCAGCGCGCUCACGAUUAAAGAGCGGCUGCUGCAAUGGUGUCGCGACAAGACUCGAGACUACGAGAAUGUGAAGUUGGAGAACUUCUCGACGAGCUGGGCGGACGGGCUGGCGUUCUGCGCGCUGGUGCACCACUUCCUGCCAAACACGUUUGACUACUCCAAGCUGACGCCGGAGCGGCGCCGCGCCAACUUCACGCUCGCCUUCAAAGUUGCUGAUGAGAAGGCGGGCAUCUACCCACUACUGGACGUGGACGACAUGGUGGCCAUGCGCAAGCCCGACUGGAAGUGCGUGUUCACGUACGUGCAGUCCAUACACCGCAGGUUCAAGGACCAGGACUGACCGCCGCCGCCCACCCACACCUGCUCUGUUCAGCUCUCUCAACGACACUAGCAAAACCCAGUGGUAGCACUCAUAUACUAUACUGAUUCUAAAUGUUUCGAGUUCAAAAUUAAA